AUGAAGCUGCAAUCUCACCUCUCCCUUGCGGCAUUCCUCACGCUCGCUGCUGCUCAGCAUACACCAGUUCGCCCACGAGUGCCCUUUCAGCCUCGACAAUAUGUUCCUCCACCACCUCCGCCUUACAGCCCACCACCAGGCCCGGCAACCAGCACCUUGAGUGACAGCGUGACCUGGUCUCAGUCGACAGAGUCUGCUACCGGGACAUCCCAUUCAACCAGCGUCUCUCUCUCCACAGGCGUAGCAUCCAGUGAAACUCCAUCGCCCUCGACAUCACCCGCACUCAGCACCAAAACCUACAGCACCACUUUCGUAACCAGCAUCAUCACUGUCACGCUGCCCAAACCGGGCUCGAGCAGCGAAAAAGUCACUUCAACUGCAAAAUCCACCUCUGGCAAGUCUACUUUCACCACCUUCACCGAUGCCACGCAGUCCAGCUGGGACGUUGCCACCUCCUCAUCCACCUUUAUCUCCCUCACCACGGGUAUCUCCUCCACAGGCACAGGAUGCGGUCCGUCCUUGCCCGUGUCUUCGUCUGUCUUGUAUCCCAAUACCACGUCGGGAGUGAGCUAUAGGCCUCCGCCGCCGUUGUCGUCUUCGGGCCUUCCGGGGUUUAAUACGAGUACUCUUGUUUCUAUGAGUAGCUUUGUUUCUACGAGUAGCUUUGUCUUUACAAGUGUGCCUGGUACGACUGCUACGACUGCUACGCCGCCUUAUCCGGCGAAUAGUACUACGGCUACGGGGUCGGAUGGCUUGUCUACGGGUACUUUUGGGAGUGUGACAUCCUCUGCGGUUUUGUCUACUGGGACUGAGGGUGGGAGUGUGACUUCCUCUGCUACCUUGAAGACGUCUGGCUACGCACCACCGCCUGCGCCAUCUUCGGUAAACUAUACAUCUAGUCUUGCUACCUCCUCCUCCUCGUCCUUUACAUACCACAUCUCCACGAUCCCUUGGUCUCUCUUUUCCUCCACGGCCACAUCUACUCCUGGUCCCAGUAGCGAGGCGUCUACAGCCAGUAGUAGCAGUAAUAGCCUCCCCUCAAGCCCCUCCAGCGAGACCCCAACGCCUACUAGCCUAGCUCAUACCACCUCUACCCGCACCAGCAAGACUCCGGGGUUUUCGCACUCACCGACGUCGACUUCGCGCCGCAGCAAGACGCACACGCGGACGCAUUCGAUCUAUACGCCUAGUCGAUGGAGGACUUCGACGACGGUGUCGACUACGUCGUCGCAUGUAUCGAGUGUUUCGAGUGUGGUUGCGAGCUCAUCUGUGACUUCUUCGGUGGAGGGAAUUAGUAGCAGCAGCAGCAGCAGCAGCAGCAGCAGCGCACUCGGCUCUCCAAGCUCUACCGGUACACCCAAACCUUCCACCUCGACCUCCAUCUUCCCAUCUAGCUCCAUCUCCCCAUCUAGCUCCAUCUCCCCAUCUAGCUCCAUCUCCCCAUCUUCCACCUUCACAGGCACAGAUGCUACACAGACAUCCUUUGAUAUUCCCGGCCCUACACCCUCAAUCUCCAUUCCAAUCUCCCUCUCCCUCUCCAUAUCCACACCCGCCCUAUCCUCGUCGGAAUACAGUGCCACCCCUCUCCCCUCCACUAGCAACACCUUCACCGACGCUACGAGCUUUAGCUUCGACGUCCCCACGAGUACUGCCGCGUCCAGCGUUGCGCACACAUCGUUUGAAACUAGUGUGCCUGCGACGAGUAGUUUGGCGCUCGUGUCUAGCAGUGUGAAGAGCGAGUAUGCGAUGCCGACGCCUAGGACGGGCAUGUAG